AUGGCCAGUGGUGGUAAUCCAGCAGCCAAGAGGGUAGUGGUAUACCGGAAUGGGGACCCCUUCUCCCCAGGCUGCCAGCUGGUGGUGAGUCAACGCCGCUUUCCCACCCUGGAGACCUUCCUCUGUGAGGUGACAUCGGCUGUGCAGGCCCCAGUGGCUGUGCGGGCCCUCUAUACGCCUUGUCAUGGCCACCCUGUCACGGACCUGGCGGACCUGCAGAACGGAGGGCAGUAUGUGGCUGCUGGCUUUGAAAGAUUCCGCAAGCUGCACUAUUUACCCCCUGGACGGAAGGCUCCAGGUGGAAAGAGCAGCAGACUACCAGAUCCUCCUGAGACUCACUGCCCAUGUGAUGGGACCUGUGGACCACGACCACCAGCAGGUUCCCCCUGCUAUAUCCAUGUGUUCAGGAAUGGGGACCUGUUAAGUCCCCCAUUUAGCCUGAAGCUGUCCCAGGCGGCCAGCGAGGACUGGAAAACAGUGUUGAAGCUCCUGACUGAGAAGGCCAAACUACAGACCGGAGCUGUGUGCAAACUCUGCACCCUGGAAGGGCUCCCACUGUCAGCAAGAGAGGCUCUGGUGAAUGGCCAUUACUAUGUGGCUGUGGGAAAGGAUGAGUUCAAGGCCCUCCCCUAUCUGGAGCUGCUGGUGCCUAGCCCCUCACUGCCCAGGGGCUGCUGGCACCCUCCAGACCCAAAGUCUAGGCCUCACAAGCAGCGGGCCCAUGGCCACGGGGCACAGGCAACCCAGCCCUCUACAAAGGAGCCAAGCCAAAUUGAGCCAUCUGCUUUUCAUGCCAGACGCCAGCAGGCCAUUCAGCCAAGAAGCAGGCUCCCCACUCUCUCAUUUCCAUCAGGAGUCAAAGGAGUAUAUGAGGCUCCCCACCCAAGGAAGGAGACAGCGGGGGCCCAGGAAGUGCCAGAUGAUGAAGACACCUGUGCAGAGGAACCCUUGGAUCAGAGGGCAGUGCAGAUGGUGGACGAGGCCCUGUGCCUGGAAAAGCGGCCUGGGACUGGGGCAGCGAUCUCAGCCUCAGCCCUGUCUCUGCCAUCUUGGGCACCGGCAGCUCCAGCCGGGAACCGGGGCGUCCACUCUGCAGCCACCAUUUAUCCUUGCCUCCAGCAGCCUGUUCCAGGGGACCCAGCGCCCCGCCUGGGCUCACAGGAUACCCUGUAG